AUGGCCAAACGCACCUUCUCCAUGUUAGAGACAUUCCUGAUUUUCCUCCUUGUGAUGAUGACUGCGAUCACGGUGGCCCUUCUCAGCCUCUUGUUUAUCACCAGUGGGACCACUGAAAAUAACAAAGAUUCAGGUUAUUCGACCACCCAGAGCCGUCAGGCCACCCAGGGCCCUCUGGCCACGCAAGGCUCCACAGCCGCUCAAGGCUCCACACUGACCCAGGGCCCCAUAGCCACCCAGGUGUCUCCAGGGACUAGCACCCCAGAGCCACCUCUAUUUCAGAACUUCAGUGGCUACAAUAUCGGUGUUGGGCGAGCUGACUGCACAGGACAAGUAGCAGAUAUUACUUUGAUGGGCUACGGCAAAACUGGUCAGCAUGCACGGGGCAUCCUCACAAGGUUGUACAGUCGUGCUUUCAUCGUGGCAGAACCUGACGGGUCAAAUCGAAUGGUGUUUGUCAGUAUUGACAUAGGCAUGGUAUCCCAACGACUCAGGCUUGAGGUCCUGAACAGACUGCGGAUUAAAUAUGGCUCCCUGUACAGAAGAGACAAUGUCAUCCUGAGUGGCACUCACACACACUCGGGUCCAGCCGGAUAUUUCCAGUAUACUCUAUUUUUAAUUGCCAGUGAAGGAUACAGCAAUCGAACUUUUGAGUACAUGGUCACUGGUAUCGUGAAGAGCAUUGAGAUAGCACACACAAAUAUGAAACCAGGCAAGAUCUUUAUCAACAAAGGAAAUGUGGAUGGUGCACAGAUCAAUCGAAGCCCUUAUUCUUACCUUCAGAAUCCUCAGUCAGAGAGAGCAAGGUAUUCUUCAAACACAGACAAGGAAAUGAUAAUCUUAAAAAUGGUAGAUUUGAAUGGAGACGACCUGGGUCAUAUCAGCUGGUUUGCCAUCCACCCAGUCAGCAUGAACAACAGCAAUCACCUUGUAAAUAGCGACAAUAUGGGCUAUGCAUCUUACCUUUUCGAGCAAGAAAAGAACAAAGGAUAUCUACCUGGAGAGGGACCAUAUGUAGCAGCUUUUGCUUCAUCAAACCUGGGAGAUGUGUCCCCCAAUAUUCUUGGCCCACAUUGCGUCAACACGGGAGAGUCUUGUGAUAAUGCCAAUAGCUCUUGUCCCAUCGGAGGGCCUGACAAGUGCAUUGCUAUGGGACCUGGACGGGAUAUGUUCGACAGCACACAAAUUAUAGGACGGAUCAUAUAUCAGAGAGCAAAGGAACUGUAUGCCUCUGCCUCCCAAGAAGUAACUGGAUCACUGGCUUCAGCUCAUCAGUGGGUGAAUAUGACGGAUGUCACCAUUUGGCUCAAUUCCACACAUGUGGCAAAAACAUGUAAACCAGCAUUGGGCUACAGUUUUGCUGCUGGCACCAUCGAUGGAGUUGGAGGACUCAAUUUUUCUCAGGGGACAGUGGAAGGGAAUCCAUUUUGGGACACUAUUCGGGAUCAGAUCCUGGGCAACCCAUCUGAAGAAAUCAAAGAAUGUCAUAAACCAAAGCCAAUCCUUUUUCACACUGGAGAGCUGUCAAUACCUCAUCCCUGGCACCCAGAUAUUGUUGAUAUUCAGAUUAUUACUCUUGGGUCCCUGGCUAUAACUGCCAUCCCUGGGGAGUUUACGACCAUGUCUGGACGAAGAUUUCGGGAGGCAGUUCAAGCAGAAUUUGCAUCUUAUGGGAUGCAGAACAUGACUGUCGUUACUUCAGGUCUAUGCAAUGUCUAUACACAUUACAUUACCACCUAUGAAGAAUACCAGGCUCAGCGGUAUGAGGCAGCAUCUACAAUUUAUGGACCACAUACUCUGUCUGCUUACAUCCAGCUCUUCAGAGUCCUUGCUAAGGCCAUUGCUACGGACUCAGUUGCCAACCUGAGCAGUGGUCCAGAGCCUCCAUUUUUCAAACAACUGAUAACCACUUUAAUUCCUAAUAUUGCGGAUAGAGCACCAAAGGGCAAAACUUUUGGGGAUGUCCUGCAGCCGGUGGAACCUAAAUACAGAGUGGGAGAAGUUGCUGAAGUUACAUUUGUAGGUGCUAACCCAAAGAAUUCAGCAGAAAAUCGGACCCAUCAGACCUUCCUCACUGUGGAGAAAUAUGAGGCCACUUCAGCAACGUGGCAGGUAGUGCAUAAUGAUGCCUCCUGGGAGACUCGUUUCUACUGGCACAAAGGAUCACUGGGUCAAAGCGAUGCAACGAUACAAUGGUAUAUUCCAGAUACUGCCCAGCCUGGAAUCUACAGAAUAAGAUACUUUGGACACUAUCGGAAGCAGGACUUUCUCAAGCCCGCUGUCAUACUUUCAUUUGAAAGCACUUCCUCUACUUUUGAAGUUGUAACUACUUAGUGAAAAGUUGACAGAUCAUUUAAAGAGCAGCUGUACUCUGUAUAAUUUGUGUAACUGAUUUCACGUGAAUGU